CGCCGGGGUAUUGUUCUGCGCAUGCGUAGCCCGUCGCCCGCCUGAAAGCCCCAGACCGGAAACAAACUUUUGCCGGAGAUGUCGCGACCUUGUCCUUUCCAGGAGUCAGUCAGAAACAGUUUGCUAGAUGAUGUGAAGACUCACUUGAAAAAGCAUGACAUUGGGACCAAAUAUUCUCACUUGGUAGCUAACAAAUAUUCUGUCCUCUUACCAUUGUUGGCCAAGGAAGGAAAGCUCCACCUAUUGUUCACCCUCCGGUCAGAGAAGCUUAGAAGAUCACCAGGAGAAGUCUGUUUCCCUGGAGGCAAGCAGGAACCUACAGAUGUGGAUGAUGUGGCCACUGCUAUCCGAGAGGCCCAGGAAGAAGUGGGACUGUGUCCCCAUCAAGUGGAAGUUGUCUGUCGUCUGGUGCCACAGAUGAUAGAGAGAGAUGCAAUGAUAAUCCCGGUUGUAGGGAUUAUAGACCACAACUUCCAAGCCCAGCCUAAUCCCGAUGAAGUUAAGAAAGUAUUCCUGGUGCCACUAGAGUAUUUCCUGCACCCACAUGUCUACCACCAGAAUCACAUAACCAGGUCUGGUUUUCUUCAAAUUAUCCAUAACUUUGAGUACACAAACCCCGAAGAUGGUGAGAUUUAUCAUAUCAAGGGAUUAACUGCAAGACUUGCCUUGCUCGUUGCUUUGAUUGUCUUCCAGGAAAAACCCACCUUUGAGAUUGAAUUUAACCUCGAUGAUUUAAUAGCAUCAUCUGAAGCAUUCUUUCUGAAAUUUUCUAAACACUUAACAAACAAGUUAUGACUUUUCUCGACAUUAUUGGAUGUUUCCAAUCAACUACUAAAGAAGUAUUUUGUGUAUGCUCAUCCUCAGAACAAUGCCAACUGCUGGCAUUUGAUAGGUUGGGAUGAGUGUUUUUCCUGCCAUUUGAAAGUAAAAACCUCACCUUUUCCCUCUUAUCAUCAUCUAUUAUCUGAAAGAGCAAGAGUCUCUCAAAAAUGGGAAGAUACCUUCAUCAAGUUGCACCAUUUCACUCAUAGUACAAUAUUUUUGUUACAUAUGAGGACAAAAGACUGUGGCAAUUACUAGGCAUUAAAUAGAUAAUUGUUGACUAGAA